CCCACCGCAGUGAACGCAGCACUGCUGUGUUCAGUCGUGCAGCGUCCCGCCAGAGGACAAUCAUCAGGGUGAGCUCGGGAGGGGGAAGCGCUACGCUGUGCGGGCUCCCAGGAUUUACGCUCUGCCAUUUUGAUCAGGAGCGGGCCGACGUCGGAGUUCAGACGUGUCCAUCAAACAAAAGUCAUGGCGUGAAUUAGCCACUGCUGCUGCUAAGUUUAGGAGAAGGCCUCUGAAUUUUGGGGACAGUUAAUGCAACAAAGGAGGAGUCGUUGUUUUGAACUAGUCCGCAGAUCUCUUUGGCCAUGUGCUCCACAAAUCACUCAAACUGGGUCACGUUUGAAGAUGACAGCACGCCGCUCCCAUCACCUCAGAAGCCUCUACAGUCCCCAGGACUUAUCAAAGCAUCAGUACCGCGUCCCAACGGCCUUAAAUUAGUGCUUCCUCCAAUCAAAGAUACUUCCUGGAGCUUCAGUUGUUCCCUGGAAUCACCUCAAAGCCGCUCAAGUCCUAGCGGAAGUUCCUGUGUACCAUGUAACACAGCGUUUUGCACUCCUGUAGGUGGGGUUCCUAGCAGCGCGUCCCCCUUUUACUCCAAAACAUGGGACAAAAAGGACUUCUUACGGAGUUUCUCCAGCCCAGCUAACACGUCUGUUCCCUCUCCCGCACCACAGGCCCUAAAUCAAACCUCAGAUGGACCAAGCCCUUUCCCUUCUUUCAAGGGGAAUUCAGGACACUUUAACCCCUUCUGGGAUGGCUCUAGACUAAAUGCAGAUGCAGACAGCUCCUCCUCAGACUCUGAAUCUGACAACAGUCUACCACGUUUCUUUAUUCGGACCAAAGAUGGCAGUGAGCCUCAACAUGACCAACUCCAGAGCUCCUACUCUGUCGUUUGCAACAAACUAGAAGCCCUGCAACCAGAAACGGAUUGUCAAACGGAGACAGACAAAGUAGGGCAGAGGAGGCUAAGUUGCAAAAACGAGGUGUUAACUGAGGGUUCGUCUCAGUUUGUGCCUCGGGGUUUGUUUCGUAGCCAGAGGAGAGAUGGUUGGUCUGUCAUGCUCAGGAUUCCUGAAAAAAAGAACCGCAUGUCCUCUCGUCAGUGGGGACCGAUCUAUAUGCGCUUGUUGCCAGGAGGUGUGCUACAGAUGUAUUAUGAGAAAGGCCUAGAGAAGCCAUUCAAGGAGUUUCAGCUUUUUCCCCAAUGUAGGCUCUCAGAUCUUAAACUGGAAAGCUACAGCGAGCCCCGCAAAGUCCUCACGGUCAAGGUGGAACAUUUCUCCUACACGGAAAAGAAGCGCUUUCACCCAAAGUUAGAGGUUAGUCAUGAGGCAGAGGCAGAGCAGCUCCUCAAGUUUGGCUCCAUAGUGCACGAAGAGAUGGAGGACCUGGUAGUCUCCAUGGAAGAGGAGAUCUUCAAACUGAGUGUGCCUCACCAGCAGAGGCGGCACUACGAGGAACAGGAGCUGUCGCUGCAGAUCACUGAUCACAUCUGGAUACAACUAGAUACAUUUGGGGGAGUAAUGGAGCAAACAGCAUUCACCCAGAUUCACUGUCUUGCUUUUCUGAAUGGACUAGGUGACUGUUUCCUUGCCCUUAAUGAUCUUGGGUUACUGCACUUUGACUCCAGCUAUGGCUCUGAGGAGGACAGUGAACUCUGGAUGGAGAUUGGCGACUACCAUUUCCACAAAUGCGUGAACGAGACAGAGUUUCAGAGGUCCCGGCUGAUUAAGUUUUCGCCCCCCGAUGCAUGCAGAGUGGAGCUGAUGCGGUAUAAAACGAGAGUCUUGGGUUGCACUGAAAUUCCCUUCUCAAUCAAAGCUACGGUAACAGUUCAAGGUGCCUAUGUGGAGCUCCAGGCCUUUCUCAACAUGUCAACCACCUUCCUUUCGUGCAUGAGGGUGUCUGACGCUCACUACCCGUUGUGUGAGAAUGUAGUGAUCCGUGUGCCGGUGCCAGGCGACUGGGUCAAAGUGACACAGACGGUGGCCUUGCUGCGACAGAGGUCGCUAAAGGCCCGCAUGAACAGAAACACCUGCCUGGGCGCAGUCACCGCUGCAGAUUCACAGCCUGUCAUGCAGGUGUCGAUCGGCACCGUCAAGUACGAGAACAUAUAUUCAGCCAUUGUGUGGAGGAUCGACAGACUGCCUGCAAAGAAUACAGCCUUGGACCAUCCCCAUUCAUUUUCCUGCAAACUGGAGCUAGGAUCUGAUCAGGAGAUCCCAAAUGACUGGUACCCUUUUGUCACAAUGGAAUGUGAAAUCGUGGGCGCAGUUGUGUCACAGACCAGGGUUAAAUCCCUGGGCACUGUAAACGACAUCCAGCCGCAGAAACACGUGACCAGUUGGACACGCUAUCAUUGUCAGGUGGAAGUGGAGAAGAAAUGGAUUGAAACAGAGUCACAGAGGCAGUCUGGCUGUAUGACGCAGUGAUGAUUAAAGAAGCUUACAGGAGAAAGUUAUUCCUUUGGUCCAAAAUGUUUUUCAAAAUCUUAAAGGUGAAGGGAUAUUUAAAAAAAACAAAAAAAAAAAAAAAAAAUGGGUGAAGAGAGACUUUGUGCUUAUAUCUGGUGUCAAAAUUCAUAAAAUCACGCAGCCUGGUAGCAUUUCUCAUGGAGGUUUUCUGAUUUUUGUAUCCCUUAACCAAGACUGAACUUGUGUAGCCCUAAUAAACAAUUUAACACAGUCCUUAUGCCUAGCACUUUACAUUUAAUAGAUGUAUUAAUUGUAUGAGAUUACAGUUUAUACAAUUAUGCUUGCAUUUGCAUUAUCUGCACUGUCCUCCAGAAUUAUCAACCGCCUUAAUAAAUGCGCGCCAAACACGUCGCGUGAGAUAAGCAACUCAAGUAAUGACCUUUUGAGAUAAUUACCUUUUAGAGAUAAGCUAAAUAUCAACCGAUGCUUAGGGUACAAAACCUGUGUGGAAAUGGCAUGAAAAUGUUGGAUUAUUGUGUGUGAUAUUAGGUAACCUCAUGUAACAGGAAGUGCCAGAAAAAUAUAUCGGUGAAAAAAGGUCGAACGCGGCAGGAACAAGACUGACUCACUGCAACCUGUAUGGCCCACCUUUGGAGACGUGUUUUAUUUCUUAGUCUGAAAUUUUUUACAUUACUUUUGUUGCUUAUUUUGAGCUGACCUCUUGACUUUAUACCUGGGUUGUGUUUUGGAGGGCUAUAAAUUUAUUUAAACAAA